GUUUUACCUCGAUUUAUUUGUUCUUCUUUACUCACUUUUUAACUUCUUGACUAUUUCAUUCUAAAAUCAAAAAGCUCAUUUACCCCAGCGGUAGCGGGUUAGAUAUGUAUCUGCCCUCUUGUGUGAAUACAUAUGAGUAUUUGGCUCCACCUGCUGGUCAUUAUGUGCAUCUUCCCAAAUGACAGUUCAAGCUAAGUCGGGUCCAUUUGGAUGAGUGUGGAAGUUGGUAUAGAAUGUUGAAUUGUGAUUGUGAUACAUUUUUCUUUUGAAUUUCUAUUGCAGCCUGUGGUGUAUAACCACGGAAAACAUGAGUAAAUCACGGAUAAAUGUUUUCAAGAUGUAGCUAUUGCUGACAUGAACGCACAAAGAACAAUUGGAAUGGUGCAAUCAUUGUAUACAAUAUAACACUAAAGUUCAACUAUAGGCCAAUCGCCUUGCAUAAUUCCGCUGUGUGCACUAUACACUUCUUCAUCUGUCAGCUUUCCUUACAAAACGAAAGCGUGGACUAAGGAAGCAUAACUAGAUUUUCUUUCAUGAUGAAAGCGUUGCAUCUUUUAAUAGUUUUGUUUCUGUCUAAUAUACCAUCAGCAGUCUUCGGAUUUGUUGAGGUGGUCUUGCUGACUGCGGGUGUGGGUGGGAUUGCCUCAUUAUCUUAUAUUUUAAUCGACGUCUUUGAGUUGAAUCCUUUAUUGACUUUUGAUCCUGAACGUUUGAAGGCAGAUUUAAGACAAUCUCUCUAUGGGCAGCACAUCGCGUCUGCUGUUGUAAAAAAAUCUCUAUCAUCAUUUAUGGCUGACAAAAACCCAAACAAACCGCUGGUCCUCUCUUUCCAUGGGAGUACAGGAACUGGAAAAAAUCAUGUCACUAAAAUCAUCGCAAGAAAUAUUUACAAAAAAGGGGAGAACAGCAAACAUUUUCACACAUUUAUAUCUGAGCAUCAUUUCCCACGCAGAGACCAUUUACACAUCUACAGUGAACAGCUAAAGCAGUGGAUUCAUGGAAAUGUAUCAAGUUUUCCCCGCUCCAUGUUCAUAUUUGAUGAAAUGGACAAGAUGAAUCCACAGCUGAUCAACACCAUAAAACCUUUUCUGGACUACAAUACCCGUGUAGAUGGUGUGUCAUUCCACAAUGCAAUCUUCAUUUUUCUCAGUAAUGUAGGUGGGAAUGUGAUUAAUGACAUGGCUCUGGAUUUCUGGAGAAAAGGCAAAAAUCGGGAAGAGAUGUGGAUGAACAACAAAGAACUGGAGAUUAAAAUCUCUCAAAACAUCUUCAAUGAUGAGAACAGUGGGUUUCAGCACUCCACUAUCAUAGAUCAUCAUCUGGUUGAUCACUAUAUUCCUUUCCUACCUCUGGAGCUGAAGCAUGUGCGUAAGUGUGUCGAGGCUGAGAUGGAUCAUCUGAACAUAACCCGAAACACUGAACUGGCAGAUAAAGUGGCCAGUGACAUGCCCUUCUUCCCCAAAGAAGAGAAAGUCUUUGCUGUUAAAGGUUGCAAGUCUGUCAGGCAGAAGUUGGUGAUGUAUGUUGAUGAAUAGAUGAAAGACUUUAACACUUAAAAAAAAAACGUUGCUGUUUCUUUAAUGCACAUAGUUGAACAGCAGUGAGGUAUUGAUUUUUCACCAUAGUUUUUGCUAAUUAAUAUCCCAGUGUAUAGGAGUAUGUAAUACACUGCCUUUUAAAUAGUGCUAAAUAAAAAAAAUUGGUGCAAGUUUAAGGCAUUUUUUAUUAAAAGGUAAGUAUGUUGAACCAAAAC